AUUAUUUCAUUGAAUAUGUAGGGACUAGCGAGUAAAAAAAGGAAAAGAAUAAAGACAGCGGUAGACUAUUAAGAUCCUAGCAAAGACUAAACAAAGAUCUACUUCUCCUCUAUUUCCCCCAACCCCCACGCCCUCUUUCUUCCAUUUUUGUAAAGUUGUUUCAAUGGCAAGUGGUUAUGGGGAUUCGAGCCAGAAAGUAGAUUAUGUAUUCAAAAUAGUGUUGAUUGGUGAUUCAGCAGUAGGGAAAUCACAAAUACUAGCUAGAUUUUCACGUAAUGAAUUUAGUCUAGAUUCAAAAGCAACUAUUGGUGUUGAAUUCCAGACAAGAACACUUGUUAUACAACAUAAGUCUGUUAAAGCUCAGAUCUGGGAUACUGCUGGUCAAGAACGAUAUAGAGCUGUCACAAGUGCAUACUAUAGGGGAGCCGUUGGAGCUAUGUUGGUUUAUGACAUAACAAAACGCCAAACAUUUGAUCACAUACCCCGUUGGCUUGAAGAGUUGCGUGCACAUGCUGAUAGGAAUAUCGUUAUCAUGCUGAUCGGAAACAAAACAGAUCUCGAAGACCAACGAGCUGUCCCAACCGAGGAUGCUAAGGAAUUUGCUCAGAAGGAAGGACUGUUCUUCUUAGAGACUUCUGCAUUGGAAGCGACAAACGUAGAGGAUGCAUUCUCGACUGUGUUGACAGAGAUCUUCAACAUCGUAAACAAGAAGACUCUUGCUACCGAUGAGAAUCCGUCUAAUGGGAAUCCUGCAUCUUUAUCUGGGAAGAAGAUUCUUGUUCCUGGUCCUGCACAAGUCAUCCCAGAAAAGAAAGCAUGUUGUACAUCUUAAGAUAUCCAAAUUCGGCGCUUCAUUCACUCUUUUUUAGGUGACAAUUGUUACGAGAGUAUUAAGGUCUCAAAUUUUCUAGUGCACUGUAGCUCCUGAUAUGCGCGUAAUUCUUGAAAAUCUCGUAUAUUUUGUUGUAAAUUCAUUUUGUUUUUGUGAUUUUUUAUAUGAAAGGAAAUGCUUAGAUCGUUCUCUGUGUGGAGUGAGGACUCUGGACAAUAGCAAAAGAGUAUAUGUGCUUUUACAUGUUUUAUAAUAUGUAUGUAGUUAAAUUCAUAUUCAA